GAUGGGUGAGAUGAAAAUCGAACCAGAUAUAAAGAUCGAAAGCAUGGAUGAGGACUAUGAGUAUCUUCCAUCAGACCCAGAUUCAAUCCAACCUUUCCAGGUAGCCCGUGUAGGACAUUAUAGUAUAACAGGCGAUGGUGGAUGUGACAUGUUCGUCUUUCUCUCUUUCAACAAGGAUGAUGGAGGCUUUUUGAUCCCUGUGCAAAUCAAGAUGCGAAGCAGUGAAAACAUGAAAAUCUAUGAUCCUAAUAAUGUUUACGAGGAAGGAUACAAGACACUUAAUCACUACUUGACUGAUUUUGAUAAUCUCUUAUCCCGUAUGAUCUUUGACAAGAAUGAAAACAAUUGGACCACUCGAUAUGGAAUCUAUGUCGUAAACUCUAAUGUGCAUGUCCCCGAGCGAUAUCCACAUACAAAAAAUGUGAUCAUGGUAUUACAUGAUUUUGAGAUAACCGUUGAUAACAUUAGAGAAUUUUUCAACCGUAUUCGUGCAAAAAACCAUAACCGAGAAGCGCAGAACAUUAGAUGCGGAUAUUCUGCUACCGAUACGAUGAUCGACAAGACAGAAAGAUUAAUUCUAGUAACACAAACUGAUAUAAUGGAAAGAUUGUUACGUGAAUGCGAUGAUGAAAAAACCUGGUUAGAAAAAAAGAACAUGUUGAUUAGAGUUAUGCGAGACACCAUUAAUGAGAUUAGAGUAAGCAUCAAUGAUAACCAAGAUGAUCGUUCAACUUCCAGAUAUGAACGAGAAUAUGAAACACGCAUGCAGAAAUAUGAUUUAAGCAAUACUAAACAUGUGACCAAAACAAAUACACUUGAAAACUCCAAGAAAAAAGAUGCAUUCGAUAUGAAAGAUUUGGUAAAAUCUCUUGAAUCAUCGAGAGAAACAGAAAAAGAAUUUGAUAUGUUAAGAUUGUUAAGAUCGAUUAAUAAUAAAUGA